AUGUCGGCCGCACGCUCCCGCCGCAAUACCGUCAUGUCACCCGAAGCGCCGAUCGUCGUCUAUUGCUCGCUGAUCGUCGUCGCUUAUUGCUCGCCGCUUAUCGCGGCCGCGUCAGAUAAUCCCGAUACCGCUACUCCGAAACGGAAUUUCCAAGGGAUCAUCAGUGCCGAAGACGCGAACCCUCAGCGAUACUACACCACCACCGACGGCGGCGACGCAGGAUCUUGCUGCGGGUAUUCGACCGUCACCUCUUUUAUGAACGAGAGACGCACACGAGAAGUGAGAAAAUAAUUUUUUUUUUUUUUUUCGUAUUAUAAAUUUAUUUUAUCUGUUCCCGACUCGCGCGUACCUAUUCAUUACUUAUUAAUGGCGGUAACGCCCCGGAGAUCAAGUGAAUAGGUAUGAUACAAGUUUGAACGUAAACACAAUAUUAAAUAUUUAAGUAAAACACAACGCUGCAACAGAAUGCCUGAUACAACAUUGUUGUAUCCGCGUUACGGUUUCAGACGACACAACGACGACGACGACGCGACAAAUUAUUAUGAUAAAAUAUUUAAAGCACGAAAACGUUAAAAUUUAAACCGAACGGUCUAUUACCUUUGAACACAAAAUUAUAUUUACUAUCAUAAAUGACAAUACGGUAAGCCAACGUGCCUAAUAAACGAAAUCGUAAUUAUUGUUCGUGGUGCGUAUAUAUCCGCGUUACCGCACAGAAGAAGGCACAUUGAAUUUAAUUAUUUCUGAACGCAUUUCCGGAACAAACGUAUUAUUAUUUGAUAAUUUAUGUACAACACGCGCCGUGCCGUUGAAAAGAUCGUCUUUCGACCAGGAACGUGAUAAUGAUUAUAAUACUUGUUCGUAUGAACCAAGUGCGUGUGCUCUUUCGCUAUACAGAAUUCGAGCUGCGCGCUAAUAGAACAUAAUAAAACUACGGAUCAUCGGACUAGAGGCGAAUAAUUGUACGUAAUUUUUUGGAAUUAGACGAUCCGUGGGUGAAUUAUCCUGUAACUCGAUAAGAUACAGCUUAUAACGACAACUUUACGCAUUAGGGCAUCGAUUAAAAUUGAUCACACGAUUAAAUACCUAGUAUUAAUCUAUAUACUAUUUUAUGGCUUAAUUUUAUUCGUAUCGAAUUACCUAUAGAAUUUUUUUACUGAAGACGAUAUCUGCUAGGAAAUCCAAUAUUUUGAUGGUGGUUUAAAAAAAAUUUAUAUAUAUCUAUAUUAAUCGCAUCCGCAUCAUGCGGUUAUCGGACAGUGAUUACAAUGAAAAAUAACAAUACGUCCGCGAAUCUCCGACGGACGUAUACAACAAUCUUGACAACAACAAAAUACACGUUGAGGGACCUCCAUUAUCAAAUGCUACACUUUGUGACGCUAUAACCGCGAUCGUCGGUCAAGAGAUAUCGAUGCAUACAUAAAAUUGUUUGAACGAAACACGAUAAUCACGAAAACGUCAAUGGACAACUUUGUAUUUGUAGCGAUGACCGCGGAAAGAAGUUUUACGACUUUCAACGGAGAAUUGACGUGUUCUCUCGUGUGUUCACGUUGCGCCCGGGUGUAGGUAUGUGAGGCCACGUAAAAAAAAAAAAAAUUAAAAAAAACGUGUCGAAUACCGAGUGAAAACUCAUUGCACGGUAAUAAUACUACGACGUCACUGCAGAUGUAUACGUAAUCGCUUCAACACACGCGUAAAUAUUUUAAUAUAUGCGACAUACUAUAAUAAUAUAAUAAACCUAUACGUAUAUACGUGUGCAACAGUCCUUGCCAGGUAUUUAGGACGAUUAUAACACGAAUGAUGUAUCAAUCCGACGAAGGGUUUACGGAGGGGGAGGAGAAGAGAGGGGGAAUUCGCAUCGUGAAUUAGCGAUCAUCAAACUCUCUCCUCUCUCGUACAGGUAUUCGCGACAAGAUUGAUUCCACGACAUUGGUACGGUGAUAACCGGUGGGCCACUGUAAUAUAAUACGUUGUAUACGUAGGUGCCUAAAUAUAAAAAAAAUAUAUCGUCAAGGUCGUCGAAAAACUGCAGUAGCAACUAUACUGCGAUAAUAAUUAUAAUUAAGAAUGCAUAGCAUUUUGACGUUUCUGUUUUUCAUUAAAACGGGCGAUAGGCUUUAUAUUAUAUCAAAUGAUACGUUUUCGCUGUUCCGAUACUCUGGUUCUAUAAUAACACAGACUUUAAAUUCAAAAUAUUUUAAUGUCACCAAAAUUAAAUACGACAUCGUUCACUCUAUACAGAGUGUCUCACGAAGAUAUGUAAUCUUCAGAGGUAAUAAAAAUAAUCAAAUUCUGUUGUUAUUUUUUUUACAUUAUUCAAAAGAAUACAAAUAUUUAUACUUCAAUUAAUUUUUCAUGUUUCGGUAAAAAAACUUUUUAUUUUAUUGUUUUGGAAAAAUUAGAAGAUAGUAAUUUUGUAGAGUUUAUUCUCCUGAAAAUUUGACUUAUCAAGAUUUUAUUUUCAUUAAAUUCGUGAUUUUUUAUACUUUUUGAAAGUUCAGAGAAAAAAAUGUACCACAAAUUAGUUGGAAUAAUAAUAACCAAUUAGAGAAUAUAACAACCUGUUGCAUAACUAUAGGUUUUUUUCUCUGAACUUUAAAAAAUUAUUAAAAAUCAUGAAUUUAAUGAAAAUAAAAAGUUGAUAGCCACGUUAAAUUGUUCAAAAGUUUACACUCUAUAAAUUGAGUAUCUUCAAAUUUUUCAAAAAUAAAGUAAUAUAAAAGUUAUUUUUUUUAAGUUUUUUCCUAAAAUAUAAAAAUUUAAUUCAAAUAUAAAUAUUUGUACUUCUUAUCCCAGCGAAUAAUAUUAAAAAAAUAUAAUUUGAUUAUCUUUAUUAUCUCAGGAGAUAUUGUAUACUCUUUGUGGUACACUAUGUUUUCACGAUUAUUUUGAUAUUCCAUUUCCGUACAAUCUGUUCAAAUUAUAAGUGCUCGAAAAUGUGCACUCAUCCCCGUCUUAUACAAGCAGUGCUUGUAUAAGCACAUUACAUAAUAUAGACAAUUUGCGUUCAACAGGGCCAAUUUCUUGCAGUAUAAUAUUUUCAUAAUAUUAUAGAGUUAAUUUACUGAUUAUUAUUAUCAAACUUAAAGGUAUAAGAAUAUGUUAUCAGUGCUUUUGUACGUCGUUUCGGUUUUCGUCAUUUUUACUUUCAAACGAGACAUAAAAGUAUUUUUAAAUCGUGACAUUUCAUACGCUAUAAAUCGUAUCUCGCUUGAACAUUGAAAAAUCGAGAAAAGACAACUGACGUACAAACACAGACAAUGUUCUUACAUGUAAUAGUCUGAUACGGGUAAACAGGUCAAUAUCGAAUAUUGAUUCGAUCGACUCGUAAUAUCAAAACUGACGACAACAGAAAACCGGUCCUGCCGAACGAUGACGUUCUCUAUUAUAUUAUUCAAUAAAUUUCGGGAACUUUGAAAACUCACAUUUUCGAUAUAUCGCCGUUAUCGAAGGAUUAAAAUAAACGUUACAGACAUCUGGGUUGAAUGUGCGUGUAAUAAACCCGGUAAAAAAAAAAAAAAAAAACAAUAAUAAUAACGCGAAUGACGAUUAAGCGCUUUUCGUGUACCGCGACACAAAACCCUUGUCCGGCCGCGCCGAUACGUACAGAUACGUACUUAUCUUGUACAGAUGGCGUUUAGGAAUCGUUUACACAACGCGCGUAAACGUAUUAUUUUCUAUAAUAUUCUAUACGGCGACAUUUCGAUAAAUUAACGAUUCCUCAAGACCGACCCGCUCGUAGCUCGAGAUGUGAUGUCGCGCGAAAACAGAAAUCCGCCGGGUCAAGUCAAGUGCAGAGGUUUCGAAAGACGUGAUUAUCAUUAUUGUUACUGUCCGGCCGGUCCAACAAACACGACUAAAGACAAAACUAAAGUUAUUGACAAGAAAAAAAAAAAAACCAUCCGCCUCUUAACAAUAUCGCGGUGGCUGCAAUUCGAUUUUCUACGACAAUAUUUCGAAGGAAAAGCGACGCGUAUAAUACAUAUUUAUAGUGUCCGAACAGAAAACAUUCUCCUCUGUUAUGUUUGAAACUUUAAUUUCCGUUUUAAACGCGCCACGGUCUUUAAUUCCGAGUUUGCCCGUUGCCCGAUACAGUUGGACCGCGGGACGGAAAAAUGCAUCGCCGUUACGUCUUCUUACGGACCGCGGGUAUGACGCACGCACCGCCGCGCCGUCGUCGUCGUCGUACCGGACAAUACGAACGAAAACCGCAUUGUAUUUUUUGUUGGAGACAAAUAACGCGUACAGGAAGAAAAACGAACCGUCUUCUCGUUUUAAAACGCUGCAACAAACAUUUUAUAUACAGUAACAAUAGUUAUAUGCAGGCAUACUAACCAAUUAUCACCGGCCGAUUGUCAAUGGGUAAUGAUAUAGGUACGCGUUGCAUUAUUUCGCGCACGUGUGAAAAUGGCGACAACGCGACAAAACACAGACCCCCGUUUUUUUACUUCUUAUAGAGGUAUCAGUGCACAACAAAUACAACACAACUGUACGGCUUAUAACGCGUAAUAUAAUAAUAGGACAAUUAUUAUUGCUGCAGUUUUACGCGCUCGUCGCGACCGGUUUACGAACUUUUGUCCCGCGAUUUUCUGUUUUGGUUUUUUUUUUUCGACUGUGUGUGUGUAUGUGUAUAUAUAUGUCUAAUAAUAUCCGUGCAUGUUAUAGUAUUUAUGUUAAACACGUGUUUUCAACGAUAAUUUUUUUUUUCUUACAAUAAUAAUAUAAUGUCCGUAUACAAAAAAAAAAUAAAAUAAUAAUACUAAAAGAUCUAGUAACGUGUGUAGAACGUAAAACGUAUAACUAACUGAAAUAAGUGCUUUUUUUUACGUAAAAAUAAUAACGAAAUCGCCAUGUAAGUAUACAUACAUAUAUUGAAUAACAUUAUUUAUAGUACCGUUAAUAUAUUUUUUAUUUACUCAUAUUCUUCUUAUGUGAUGACUAUAUGGAUAUAGGAAUUACAUAUAGUGAAGAAUCGCAACGAUUUCAUUUCUACUAUACCUAAUCACAGAAAAAUCAACAGCCGACAAGUUAAAGAUAAAUUCCAACGUUGUUAUUGGUCUGCAAUAGUAAUAUUUACCUGUAUCUCAGUUUUAAAUUUAUUUACCCCUAUGGGAGCGAACGAAUGAUCGGAUCUAGCAAUAUAAAUAGUCCAUCGACAAAAUACUAAUUAUAAUAAUUGUUUGAGCUUACAGUAAACAUAGAAUGUCAAUUUUUUCAAAAAAAAGAUACUUUCAAUCCAACUGCAGAUAUCGUUUUUCGCUGUUUUCAUAUUAGACACCCGACAAAUUCAAAUCCGAAUUAAUAAAAUUAAAUUUUUGUUCGUGUAUAAAAUGAUACAUACUACAUGUAGAUAUUAAGAUUUUAUGUUUGUUAAUAAGCUCUUUCAAAGUUCUAUAAAGAUUUAAAACUACGGUUUAAAGUAAAAAAAAAAUAAAUAAAAAUCAAAUUUAAAAAAAAAUAUGAAAAAAAAAACUUAACCUAGCAUAGACAUAAGCAUAAUAAAUUAUUCAUGGGAGAGAGAAUUCUGACUAUCAAUUACUUUUAACCGGAGUGAAUAAUUGUGAAUUGCAAGAAGAAUUGAACUCCUGUAGUAAUCCCGAAAUAAGGGGAUUAAACCCACCCCCUUACCUACGUCCCUGGUAUUACCUAUAAUAUAUAGGUUGUGUAUUUCCGUUUAAAAAAUCAUCUAGUAAAAGUACAAAAAACAUGAAAAACAAAAGUAGUUACAAAAAUUGAAUGAUUUUCAUACGGGUUUUAAAGAGUAAAAAAUGAAAAGAAAAACGUCUAAAUAAUUAUCACCGGUUAAUAUGUUUUGAAAUAAUAAAACAAACAAGUAUAGUUGGGAAAAAAAACGAAAUACUGUCAGCCGGAUUCGCACAGACAUUCUAUUACCAUUAGAAUAUUCCCAGAAAAAUCUUAAUAUAUCUAUCUAUUCGGCUAAAUACCUAACAUUAUUACUCAUAUUAUUCUCUGACGAUGGUAGUUUUACCGAAACCGCGGUCACAAUAAAUAUCUAGCGCUAUCACAACGCUAUGCACAUUAUUAUUAUUUGUUUGCAUAAAAAAUUACUAUACACCUUGAUAUAAGUACAGGCACAUAAAUAAAAGAAAAAAAGACAAUUUCUGCGAUAUCACAAAAUACAUGUCUUCAUUAAACCAUAAUAUUAUAAGAACAAAUCAAAUGGAAUAUUGCCAUUAUACACACUGCAAUGUGGAUAAAAAAUGAUUGUUCGUACGCGAUAAUAUUAACCUAAACAAAAAAAAAAGAGGGAGUUACGAGUUUUACCUCCAAAAUGAGUUUAAAUAUUUUUCACGGGGUUUUCCGGGUUUUCCCUAUACUAUAUUAUCUAACGAAUUCCGAGCAUUUUUUCGAUGUGAUAUCAUAUGUAAAAACAUUUUAUGUUCGACGUACCAACACAAUUUCAAACCAAUAUUGGUAAAUCAAAAUCUCGGAUCUAGUAAUAAAAAAAAUGAGUUUUUACUAAUGCUGUUUUAUUGUAUAUAAUUUUUUUUGUUUUUAAAAUUAGUAUGAAUAAUAAUAACGUUACUACUUUUUUUACGAAAAAAAAGAAACAUUAGAAUUAUGUAUAUGGUCCAAGUACAAAAAUGUACAGUUUUAACCUUGAAUUGAAAAAUACGGGGUCAUAGUACGGCUACUGUACCUACUUUAAAACAAUUGAACAAAGUGUUUAGUUAUUAUUUAUUUAAACCAAUUUAAUACAAUUAUAUUAGAUAGGUGUAAUAUAAAUAUAAGAAAGUAAAUAUUAUAAUUAAUUUAAAUAUUUUUUAUUUCAAGCGAUGAAAAAAAAAAAAUGCUUUGCAGCGGCCACUUUAAUAUAUUUGCGUAUUCGCGAUUCGCAUUUAAAUAAUAUUACCCCGUUUGAAAGUUAAUAAGUUUCCCGUAAUGAGAAAUCCAACACAAAUACUUUUUGAUUUUUUAAAUAACUCGUUCGCAGUUUUCGCUAACAUAGUAUCAAGGCGCGUCCACGCGGGGCAUCUAGUGGCGCGGCACGGAUGUGACGUCACAAAAUUCAUUUUGCGCGGCUUUUUUCGAUGCUAUGUGACACAAUACCGGAUCGUCCUGGGGAGCGCAAAGUCUAAACCGAAAAAAUUUCGGGCGGACAAGAUGUCCCCGUGUGGACCCAGUUUUUUUACGUGUAAUUAAUAAAUGAGAUUAGACCGAAACAAUGGUGAAAAUUGCUUGGAAGACGCACAAUAACGCCCGUUUGCGGAAAUUAAAAGCCCAAUUAUUACCCACAUACGUCAUAUUUUUUAAUCGAUUAUUUUUUCCGUAAUUAAAUUAUUUAAAUGACUUAAUAUUUUUAACUACAGACAUAACUCAAAUGUAAGUAUGUAAAUUUCGUAGUUAGGAUUUAAAGAAGAAAAAAACGAACGUUAUGAAAACUUCGAAAAUAUAUUGCAUGUAAUUUAUAGUGCUUUCAAGAAUGAAUAGUAUGCCCAUCAUUACCGAGAAUACGGAAAUCGAGACACAACGGACCGUUAAUCUAUAGUUCCGAUAGUAUCUACAAUAAAAUUUCAAUAACUUCAGUAUACAUUGUUUAAGAAUCGAUUAAGUCGUUUUAUUAAGUAUUUAUAAUAAUAAAAAAAAAAAACAAAUUUACUCGACACUAAUCCAAUAAUAUAUAUUCUUUUAUUGUCCACUGAAUGCGACUCAAUAAUCUAGCAAUAAUUGUUAAAAUAUUCAUAGUAAUUAUUACUAUAGGUACUCACAUGUCAUAACUCAUAACCAUAACCAAACAUAAUACAAAUUAUUAUUCAAACAAGUGCGUGAAGGGGCUCAGUUAUUAUUUCAAUUAUAUUUCUGUCACGUACAUAUACAUUGUUAUCAGAUUGCUAGGUGCUACGAAUUCAUACCUCAAAAGUAUUAUAAAUAUAAAAUACCAAAUUUUUGUUCAGUAGAAUCAAUUUUGUUCUGUUACCUAGUUUUAAUAUUAGAGUGAAUUGGCCUGUGUUUGUACGUUGGAUUUUUAAGCGACACAUUAUGAUUUUUAAAUUGUAAUAUUUCAUAUACUCGUACCUCACUUAAAAAAAUUGAAAAAACUAAUUUACAAACAUUGACAAUAUUCUAUGUAAUAUUAAAACUAACAGCACACGUUUUUUAAACGAAAAUUUCACAUUAUAUAAUUUUCAAAAAACAUAUAUUUUAAACUAUAUAGAAUAUAGAUGUAAUACAUAGCAUAGUCUAUUACUCUAAUUUGUCUGUACGUCAUAAUCGCAGAGAAGUCCUAAUGACUACAUACUGUACGUGUGUGUAGGUAGGUAAGAACUGGUUCAGAAGAAAAUUAAAGACAUAAAUAUUGUACUUUUUUCCCCAUUGUUGUCAAAUAAUUAUUAGAGAUACCCGGUUAAAUAUUCACUGUACCUACCCCGGAAACCACGUUUUCCUGGAUUUGCCAAUUAUUUGACACACUACUGAACAGACUUUUUUAGAUUAAAAUAAUUUUUCUUCGCAGUAUAUAAUAUUGCAAUAUGCAAUAUAAUGCCGACGUUACCUAAACCAUACGACAUAGUAUACAAAUACCUAGUUAAUCGGAAAUAAACAAAGACCUAUUAAGACAUUGCAAUGAGCAUAAAACUAACGAGAAUUAAAUAUUUGUAACGGGUCAUAAUAGUUUUCCUUAUCAUACAGGAAUACCUGUCUACAAAAAUUUUUACUUUGUGACUCAUAUUAUAUAAAUUACGACAAUUCAUCAGUUUAAUUGAAGCAAACAACCCCAAACAGUAUACUAUCGAGAUCGCUAGUAAAAAAUAUUACGAAUCUUCAAUGACAACGGAUGUAGAUACUAUACACCGUUUCGUUUUGGUAAUGCCGUUAAUACUUUUAGAAAUCAGUUAGGUAUCUAUUCUGACAAUAUCCGACACUGAAAAAUAUUAAAGGGUCGUCAAUAAUUGUAUUAUUUGAAUAUUAAUUUUUUAAUCGUGAUAUAGAAAGCUAUAUUUAUUACACCCCGUCUAAGUUGCGUUAAGGUAAAAUCAAAUUGCAUAUGUUUAUAGGGUAGGCAAUAAUUAACAUUUAAUAUUAUCACGCAUUGUUAAAUUAUUACACUGUUUAUUGUUUUUAAAAUAUACAUUUUAAUUGCCUAACUAGGUAUAUUAUGAAAUGUACAGAUACGUUGUAAUUAAAUAAUUUCACACAAAAAAUAUACACCCAUCUGGCCAUUUAUUAAUUUUUAUACCUAGUUAAAAACCUUCAUGUUAGAUUUUGGCUUAUGUUUUGUAAUAUACAAAGAGUAAAGACUAAUAAACGUCUUACACCACUGAAAAUGCAUUUUAAUUUAGUAUUAUAAUAAAGUAAUAUAGGUACCUAAUGAUGAAGGACACAAUACAUUAUUUAUACCUACCUAAGUACCUAUAGUAUAGCUACAAUAUUAUUAAAGUUUAGAAAAUGUUAUAUUUGGCUUGUCUGUUAAAAAAUGAUAAUUUAAAAUAAAAUUUAACAAAAAAAAAAAAAAAAAAAAAAAAAAAAAAACAGAAAAUAGAACAUUUACAAAAAAGUACACAUAUAAUAAGUAUACCUAACUUCACUAACAUCUAAGGCAGAUCUCUAUUUUGGGUGAGCUACAGAUGUCGAUAUGCAAGCCAUUAUUAUGCGAUUAUUUUUAAGUUUGAAGUCGAUAAUCUAUUUAUUUUUUUUUAUUGAAUACUUACAAUCAAUACAUAAAUUUCGCACAAUAAGUAAAUUAGAUGAGGAAUUUUUUGUUUUCAUUUAAGUGACAUAAAGAGGGAGGCUAUCCAAUAAUAGAACCCAGAAUCUAUUUUAUCGUCUGAAAAACGAUUCUAAUUGUUGACAAGGUUAUGAUUUUAUUUUAUUUUAUUUCCUCGUUAUUAAACUGCAGCGAUAUUCAAACAUUGGAUUUUGCAUAAAUCUAAAAUAGUAUCAUCCGUGCAUCAAAACUUAUUUAUAAGGUCAUUUGAAUAUUAUGCACAUUUGACACAAAACUUAUAAAAAAAAAUAUUAAAAUUAAAAUUAUUUUAUUCUAACUUAUUCAAUAAAGUAUAUUAUGUUGUUCAAUUAUUCUUAUGUAGGUAAAUUUUAUUUAAAUUUAACCGUUUAGUUUACGAUGUACAUUUUUUUAUUGAAACAAAAUUAAGUAUUUAAUACUUGUCGAGACUUUUUUCACUUCUUUAUAUAUAUACUGUUUCCUCGUUUUCUGAGAGCUAAUUGGCUUUUUGUUGAAACUGGUAAUAUUAUAAAAUUGUAUAAUAUAUUCACAGCAAAUCAAACAUUACUAUAGUUUAAACCAUAAAAUGUGUUUUAUAAUAAUUUUAUAAUAAUCCAAUAUAUUUCAAAAACAGUAUAAAUUAAAAAAAAAAAAUUAUCGCUUAAUGUAAGUAAUGAUUAUUCACAUUUUAUGCUAGUAAUAAUAUAGUAGUACCUAUAUUAUUUAUUAUAUUAUUAAAAGGUUAUCCAAAAAUUUAACUAGCACAGUAUAAUUUUAUGUAUGUAUUUUUUUUUCAUUAUUUACCAAUUUAAACUUUCUAUGCCUAAAAAUUAAUAAUUAUGUCAACUAAGCUAUCUAGUUAUUUAUUUAUUAACUUAUUGUCUUACAAUAAUUUGAAAAUUAUAAAUGAUUUGUGCGUGUUUCAAGUAAUAUAUAAGUAAGAGAGUUCACUAAAAAGAUAUUAAAUGUAAAAUAAAACAACAAACUAAAAUAAUCAUAUUGCCCUUCCUGCAUUCGCUUUGCAGGAAGAGGAUUUUUGAGGUCAUAUAAAGUCAUAUAGUUCCCUAUAUCUAUUCGUCACUGUACUGAUUUUAUAACAAUAAAUAAUGCAAUUGUGUACGUAGUUCGCGUGAGUAAAUGAACUUUAAUAAACGUUUUGUAUCCUCAUUUAGAUCCAAAAAACAAAAUAAUAACACAAUUUACAAAUAAUAUGCACUUUCAUAUCGCCGUGACUCAUAUGACGUAUAAAUUUGUAUACAAUAACACAUGAUAUUUUAAUAUUUUACAAAAUUGACCUUGAUUAAAUAACAGAACGCUAACAAAUUUCAAUGUUUUUUUUUGUUUAUUAUUAUCAAUGAAAUAUUCCGCCGUUUAGGUAUUUUUUAUACACCUAUACGAAUCUUUAUAAAUAAUCAAUAUUUGUUUCUAGUAAUGAAAUUAUAGAUUUAUUUUUUACAAUACAAUAAACAAUAAUUAUUUUACACCUGUUAAAGUUAUUCUACAAUUUUGUAUUAUUAUUUAUUGAAAACUCACAUUAGGAUAUGCAGUUAGGAUAUAAUUUAUUGACUCUUGAUUAAGAUGAUAGAUAUUUUAUUUAUUAAACGGAGAUUUUAUUUAAACAAAUUUAAAUAAAAUACAAAUAUAUUAAUUUAAUUUUAUGUUAAAAUAUUCUUAAAAUUUACAUCGAUAUCGAUAAAAUACAAUUAUAAAUUUGUAUAUAGGUAAUAAUAUUAUAAGUUAUCCAGUUUACAUUGAAAUAUUCAUAGAAAAUUGUCAUCUAUUUAAUUGUUUGAAUAUUAUAUUUUCAAACAUAAAUGAUCCGAUCAAUUCAAUAAUAACACAUUUUCAUUUGCUUUUGACAUACAUAUAGGUAUUAUUAUUAAUUUAUUUACAAAUUUAAGGACAUAAGGGCACAUUUGACUAAAAAUUGUUUAGGUAAUCUGAAGUUAUAUCAUUCGGUACGAUUAUAAUAAUUGAAGUUCUAGAUUACGAACGUACAUAAAAAUAUAUUACUAUAAAACGGAUAUUUCGAAUUUAUAAUAUCUCGUACUUUAUUUGUAUAAUAUUCAACAAAAAAUGUUUUUGUUUUUCAGAUUCCCUUAGAUGUCAUAUUUCAAUUAAACGAGGUGAAAAACAUUUCACAACUAUUCUCUCAAUUCAUGCCUGAUGUAGAUCUGUACAAAGCACAAAGGAUUAUAGCUACAACAGGUUUUCAAAGUAAGUAUACAAACUAAUUGAAUUAGGAAAAUAAAAAUACAUAAUUUUUAUAAAAACUUAACCAUACCUACUAUCAAAAACCGAUUAAAUAAAUCAUAUUAGCUGCCCCUUAACAAGUAAUGACUAAAUGAGAAAUAUAAUAACGCAUUUUCAAGUGAUAUUAAAAAAUAAAAAUACUCGAAAAUAAUUUUAAAAACUUGUAUCAAAUUCAAUACAAAGUAAUAGGUGUCGUUAAAACAUGGUAAUUUACUUGUUUAUCUUACACAAUAAGAUAGGUUAGGUACCUAGAAAUAUGGAAUAACUUAAGAGCCCCUCUCUUAAGUUAUUUCAUAUUUCUAUUAUUAUUUUAGGGGGGGGGGGGGGGUGAUUUAUUUACGAGAUCUCCAUAAUCGUAACUAUACCUGACUACGUAUAGGUACAUUAUUACAAAUCAAAAUUUGAUUUUAAUAUAUCAUUGCCAUUUUAUCUGCCUAGUCGUUUGAAUAACUAAAUAAUAUGUUAUAUCAUUUAGCAUUAAAUAGCAUGUGUUUUUAUUCAGUUUCAGAUCGCAGUAUGCCCAAUGUAGAAAGAAGUAAGUAAUUGAAUUCAAUGUAUAAAAAUAAAAUAAUUGAUUCUUUAAAAACUCAAUGUACCUACAAAAAAAUUUAUAUUAUUAUUAUUUAUAUUUUAGAAGCACCAUUAAUUCCUAAACCAGCAAGUUGUUCUCUUGAAAGCAGAACAAUCAGCCUAAAAGAUACUGACGAUCCUAGUUUGUAUUAUUAUCCCCCGUGCACACGAGUGAACCGCUGUGGAGGUUGCUGUGCUCACGAUUUAUUGGGAUGUCAACCGACAAAAACCGAAACGCUUCAAUUCGAAGUGCGUAAAUCAAAAUUGCCUACUUCUACCCGUUUCACGUUUGAUAUAUUUUUUAAAUUAUUUAUAGGUAAUGGUUUCACAGUAUAAUGAAGGGAAAUUAGAAUUCAAAGGUAGAAAAUUCGUGUCGGUAGUUCAACAUUCAACGUGCAAAUGCGAUUGUAUUGUUCAGCCAGAAGUACGAUCUUUAAAAUAUCAUAAUAUUCUAUUAUAAUAAUAUUGUAUAUUAUAAAUUGUAUAAAUAAUUUGUCUUUUUAUAGAACUGCAACCCUCUCCAGACAUAUUUUAAAAAAGAAUGUCGUUGCGUAUGCACCAAUGAUGAAGAUCGGCAAAAAUGUGACGAAGAACGGAAUGCAAAAAAGCUAUGGAACCCAGCAGCUUGCGCGUGUCAAUGUGUCGAACGACAAGAUUGUACUACCGGAUUUUCAUUUGACUACGAUACUUGCAGGUAUACCUACUUUAAAAUAUUAAAAAUAUAUCAAUAACGUUUGAUUAAUAAAUGAUGAUUAUGUAUUAAUAUAUUUUUUGAUGUGUACGUAUUGUAUAUUUCAGUUGUGAACCAUUAAGAACGAGGACAAAAAAUACUGGUAACGAAUUUAACAGGAAUAUGUAUUCUUUGGGAGAAUCGUGA